AAGCUCCCCUGGCUAGUUACCCCCAAACUUCACUCCUCUCCUCCACGCUUCAACUCCAUAUUUUACAGGCCUAAACUAGAGGACCCCUAUUAGCUCCAACUUCAGUUUAUAUCCCACUUCAUCCCGCACUACUAGCAUUCACUUAGCAAUGGCGCCCUCCGCAAUGGCUGAUAUCGAGCCAAUGCAGCUACCCGUUUAUUCAAAACAGUCGAACAAGGUCAAUGCCUCCGUCUUGCAUGGCCCCCGAGAUCUUCGAUUGGAAGUUAGGAAUAUCGAAGAGCCUGGCCUUGGUGAGCUGCAAAUUGCUAUCAAAUCCACAGGAAUCUGUGGUUCAGAUGUCUCUUACUACAAAAAAUUUGCCAAUGGGGACUUGUGUGCUUGUGCUCCGUUGUCCCUCGGCCACGAAUCGUCCGGCACUGUCGUGGCUGUUGGACCUCAAGUUAGUGGGUUUAGGAUCGGGGAUCGCGUCGCCCUAGAAGUUGGUGUGCCUUGCGGUCAAUGUGGCAUCUGCAGAAAAGGCAGGUAUAAUUUGUGCAAGAAAAUGCGAUUUAGGAGUAGUGCCAAGAGCGUUCCUCACUUCCAAGGAACUCUUCAGGAGAGGAUAAAUCACCCCGCAAUCUGGUGUCACAAGCUUCCCGAACAUGUUUCUUUCGAUGCUGCCGCGCUACUUGAACCGCUUUCUGUCGCCAUCCAUGCUGUAAAUCGCGCCAACCCGGCCCCGGGUUCUACCGCCUUAGUAAUGGGAGCCGGUACAGUUGGGCUUUUGACUGCUGCGAUGGCGCGCCAAUCCGGAUGCACAUCAGUCACUAUCACCGAUGUAGAUGCAGGUCGGGUCAACUAUGCGGUGAAAAAGGGCUUUGCCACUCAUGGCUUUGUUGUGCCUCGCCCAUUGCAUACGUCGUCUAGCAACUCGUCAAUUUUCACGAACUCUGGAAGUUCUACCCCUUUGGAACCUGGCGCGAUGACACCAGCAAGCAUAUAUUCUAAUUCCAUCCACGAUCAACUUGAAGGUGCCAAAGCUCUUGCGGCCGAGAUCCUCUCCCUGACGAAACCACCGCUAAGUCUGCAGGGUGACGACGAAGAUGAUGGUGUUGAUGUGGCAUUUGAAUGUACCGGCAAGGAGUCUUGUAUGCAUACAAGUCUUUACGCUACUCGCCCAGGCGGCAAGCUCAUCAUGGUUGGUAUGGGCACGCCAAUCCAAACCCUUCCCAUGUCCGCUGCACACUUAAGAGAGGUGGAUAUCUUGGGAAUUUUCCGAUAUGCAAAUACGUACGGGACUGGCAUCAGAAUACUUGCUGCUCAGGGGUGCGGUGGAGCCGGUUUCACUCUACCGAGUCUUGACGACAUGGUAACCCAUCGGUUUAAAGGUCUCGGCGCUGCAAAACAUGCCUUUGAACUCGCCGGUAAAACUGUGGAUGAUGACGGCAAUCUUGUGUUGAAAGUUGUCAUCGAGGCUUAAUAUUGCACUACUUUCUCGACUACCAAACUAUACACACCAGCAUCGGGAUCUUAGGCAUCUUUCCCCAUUCUCUUACCUCUCGCAAUAUAAUGAUUUCACCAGCGGCAUAGAACAUUGACGAAGCAAAAAAAGUCGUUUAG